GCGGGAAAUAUCUUUGUAGAACAUGUCGAUUUCGUAGUCAUUGGUUUUUACAUACUGUGGUCACGAUAUUCUGGCAAAAAUGCUUGGAACUACAUGUGAGGGCAGUAACCAGCUCCUAACAAGCUUGUCGGAACUGGAUGAAAACUAUAAAGAUGGGGGCAUCACCGAUAAGAAUUUCUGGAAAAGCCGUGUUGCCUUAAUGUUUGAGCAUCUUCCCAUAUCUACACAGAAAGAUCUACAAAAUCUGGAGCAGGAACUGCAAGAAGAGGAGAUACCAGUGAAAGAAUAUUAUAAAAAUUUGAAGAAACUCAUUGGUGUAUGGCCACUACCAGAUGAGAAUGAUCAAAAGACAAAAGCUGUUACAGAAGACAUGAAUGGCAACGGUGAUUGUGAAAGAAGUAAUGGAAAUGUGCAGAUGGACGCAGACCACCCAAAAGCUCAAAUUGAAGAAGAUUGUGCUGAUCAUGGUCCGAUGGAGGUUGAAGACUGCAAAGAAGCAUCAUCUGCACCAGUGAAUGCUAAGAAGAGGCGGAUUCAGAGAGGUAAUAAUCAAAGCAGUGAUGACAGAAAAGGCAAGGACGAGAGGAGCACUAACAGGGAAGCCAAAGAUAAAGACAAUGAAGGAGGGAUUGAGAAGAGAAAAACACGAAGUGCAGUGAAAUCGCCAUCCAACCAACCAAGCAUCACAUCGAUGUUUAGUAGAAUCUCAAAUAAACGAAAAUCAGAAGCAGAAGGUGGAGAGGAAAAAAACGAAAACAUAGAAAAGAGAGUGAAACCAGUUGAUGCAGAAAUCAUAGAGGAAAAAGAAGUCAAGAUACCAAAAAAUGGCGAGAUGCAGAAUAGUUCCACGGAGCCUUUUUUGAAACCGGAGACAAAGUCGCUGCCUCAGAAAUGCAAGCAGUGUCGGCAGUUAUUGGAUGACCCUGACCUGAAUCUGUUCACUGGGGACCCUGAUGACGCAGUUGAAGAGUUUGUGGCACUGACAGAUGAACGAUUGUCACUAUUUACUGGGAACGAGGAAACCAUAUCAGAGUAUGAUGAGAGACCUCAACACAAGCUGACUGAGUUCAGUGUUUAUGACAAGAACACACAUCUGUGUCCAUUUGAUUCCGGCCUUAUUGAGAAAAAUGUUGAGCUGCUAUUCAGUGGUUAUAUUAAACCAAUUUAUGAUGAGUCACCAGCAGUAGAAGGAGGCAUCAGCACACGUAACAUGGGCCCAAUCAAUGAGUGGUGGACGGCCGGGUUUGAUGGAGGAGAGAAUGCUCUCAUCGGAUUCUCCACGGCAUUUGCUGAUUACAUCUUAAUGCAGCCCAGUGAAGCUUACGCACCUUACAUAGAUGCUGUAAAAGAGAAGAUCCACCUGAGCAAGUGUGUAAUUGAAUUUCAAGUAAAUAAUAUGGAUGCAACAUAUGAAGACCUGCUCAAUAAAAUACAGACGACAGUACCACCUGCUGGAAAGACUAGCUUCACUGAGGAUUCUUUACUUCGACAUUCACAGUUUGUUAUUGAUCAGGUUCAGAGCUACGAUGAUGCGGCAGAAGAAGACGAAAGCUUGCUGAUCACCACACCAUGCAUGCGCUCACUCAUUAAACUUGCUGGUCUCACUCUUGGUAAUAGGCGUGUUGGUCGUCGAGGUGGCAUCAGAAAAGAGGCAAAGAAGAUGGCUGGACCAACGAAGGCGCAGACGACUCCACUCGUCACCCAGGUUUUCGAGUUGCUGUUCAAGGGACAGAUCGAUGAAGGAAAGGCGGCCAAAGCUCCAAAAAGGAGAAGAUGUGGUGUUUGUGAGAUCUGUCAACUGCCAGACUGUGGCAAGUGUACUGCUUGUAAGGAUAAGACUAAAUUUGGUGGAUCAGGGAAAUUGAAGCAAGCCUGUGAUAAGAGAAAUUGCCCUAAUAGUGCUGUCAUGGAGGCAGAAGAUAAUGAACUGGACUUGGAGAUGGACAAUGAAGAUGCCAUGGAUAAAAAAGCUCAAACCAUUCAACGAACCCCUACAAAGAAGAAAUGUCACCAGAAACAGAAGACUACACUGAAGUGGAUUGGAGAUGAGAGGAUAGAAGGAAGGAGGAAAUAUUAUUCAUCUGUCAAGAUCAAUGAGGAAGAGGUGGCUGUAGGUGACUGUGUGCUAGUCUCUCCAGACGUGCCUGACAACCCCCUCUACAUUGCCAAGGUGGCUUAUAUGUGGGAAGAUUCCAAUGGUACCAAGCACUUCCACGCACAGUGGUACACCCGAGGUGGAGAGACUGUUCUAGGUGAGACAGCCGAUCCCAACGAGGUAUUCAUGGUUGAUGAAUGCGAGGACACGUGUCUGGAGUUUGUUGUUAGUAAAUGUAAUGUAAUUCAUAAACUACCACCAAAAGACUGGCAUAUGCUAGGAGGCGAGGAUGUGGAUGCUGAAAAUACAUGGGAAGAAGAUGGGAAGAACUACUUCUACAAACUCUGGUAUGACCCUGAGAUGGCAAGGUUUGAAGAUCCUCCCGAUGCAACUGCACCUUCAAAUGACCCCAAAUUUUGCAUAUGCUGUGCCCGUACUGAUGAGGUCAAUCAGAGGGAGUCAUGUCAGAAGGGCACGCAGUUGCAGGAACAGCCUUCAGACGGCAGAACAUCGUAUUCGAUGGUGAAGAGAGAUGGACUUGAGUACAUGGUGGGAGACUGUGUGUUUUUAAUUCCGGAAGCUUUCAGCUUUGCUGUUAAUCCUGCUAGCCAACCGAAAAAGAAGUACAAGAAUAAUGAGGCAGCUGAUGAUGAGGAACUCUACCCCGAGUACUACCGCAAGGGUGGCUAUGUAAAGGGCAGCAAUAGUGACAUUCCAGAACCCUUUCGCAUUGGCAGGAUUGUAGAGAUUUACUGCCCAAAAAAGAUCUUUAAUGGUGAUGACGUCCGCCUAAAAAUCCAAAAGUUCUACAGGCCAGAAAACACACACAAGGGAGUUGUUGCAGGUUACCAGGCUGACCUGAACAUGGUGUACUGGAGCAAUGAAAUUGCAACAGUUGAUAUGAAAGAUGUGGUAACGAAGUGUACAGUUGUUAAUGCAGAAAAUCUCACAGAACCAUUGGCGAAGUACAGUAGGAACAGAGCAGACAGGUUCUACUUUCGAGAGGCAUACAACCAUGACACGAAAGAGUUUGAGGAGCCACCGUCUGAAGCAUGGCUAAUGGGUGCUAAAGGAAAGGGUAGUAAAGGAAAAGGUAAGGGAAAGGGAAAAGGAAAGUCGUCUGCUCCCCCGGUGGAGGAAGAGAAGUCCGAAGAGGAAAAAGAGAGAGAACUGGGCUUCCGAAAACUAAGGUGUCUGGAUGUUUUUGCUGGCUGUGGAGGUCUGUCUGAGGGCUUUCAUCAGGCAGGCAUUGCUGAGAGCAGGUGGGCAAUAGAAGUGUUUGAGCCAGCAGCACAGGCAUUUAGAAUAAACAAUCCAGGCUGCACUGUGUUCACUGGUGACUGCAAUCUCCUGUUAAAGCUGGCCAUGGAGGGUGAGAAGACCAAUGGCAUUGGGCAGAGACUGCCACAGAAGGGAGACGUAGAACUGCUGUGUGGAGGUCCCCCCUGUCAGGGUUUCAGCGGCAUGAACAGGUUUAACUCGAGGGAAUACUCCAUGUUCAAGAAUUCACUCAUCGCAUCCUACCUAAGCUACUGUGACUACUAUCGUCCGAAAUUCUUCCUCUUGGAGAAUGUCAGGAACUUUGUAUCAUUUAAGCGCAACAUGGUACUGAAGCUGGCUCUACGUUGCCUUGUGCGCAUGGGCUACCAGUGUACAUUCGCAGUGCUGCAGGCGGGCCAGUACGGAGUGCCACAGACACGCCGCAGAGCAAUCAUACUAGCUGCUGCACCAGGAGAAAAACUACCUUUCUACCCAGAACCCUUGCAUGUGUUCUCUCCCAGAGCUUGUCAAUUGUCUGUCAUGGUUGAUGAUAAAAAGUUCAGCUCAAACAUCACAUGGACACAGUCUGCAGUGUAUCGGACGAUUACUGUCAGGGAUUCCAUGAGUGAUCUUCCGCCAAUUAAGAAUGGAGCCAAAAAUGAUGAGAUUGCCUAUAAUGGGGAGUCACAGUCACAUUUCCAAAAAAUGAUGCGUGGUAACCAGUACCAACCAAUUCUCCGAGACCACAUCUGCAAGGAGAUGAACUCUCUUGUUGCUGCCAGGAUGCGCCAUAUUCCACUGGCUCCUGGUUCUGACUGGCGAGAUCUUCCCAAUGUUUCUGUCCGUCUUCCAGAUGGAACAAUGACCAAGAAACUGCGCUAUACACACAGUGACAAAAAAAAUGGUAAGAGUGACAAUGGAGAACUGCGCGGCGUCUGUGCUUGUGCAGAAGGCAAGUCAUGUGACCCCAUGGAUAGGCAAUUUGGCACUAUCAUACCAUGGUGCCUACCACAUACAGGAAACCGGCACAACCACUGGGCAGGGCUCUACGGUCGGCUAGAAUGGGAUGGUUUCUUUAGCACCACAGUCACUAAUCCAGAACCAAUGGGCAAACAGGGUCGAGUCUUACAUCCGGAGCAGCACAGAGUUGUGAGUGUGCGUGAGUGUGCACGCUCUCAGGGAUUCCCAGACACUUACAGGUUCUUUGGAAAUGUUCUGGAGAAACACAGGCAGGUUGGAAAUGCGGUUCCACCACCAAUGGCAGCAGCGAUUGGACGUGAGGUUAAGAAGGCAGUUUUAGAGAGGCUGAAAGAGGAGCAAGCAAAAGAGAAGUGCCAGAAGGAAGGUGGAGAUAACAACGAAAAUGAAAAGGAAAAAGAAGAUGUAUUAAAGAAAGCCAGUGUGGACUGUGAAAAGCCAAUAGGAGAUAGCCAAGUAAUUGGCACGAGCGCUGAAGUGUGUGGAGUGAUGAAAACUGAAGGAUGCACUAAAUCUGAGGAAUCAUCUGAGGAAUCCACAAAUGCAGAUGUGGGAGCUUCUUCUUCCAGCCAUUAGAACUACUUGUAUUCUCUCUGUUACUGUUCAAGGUCUGAGAUAUUCAAAAAGCUCGUGAUCAUGAAUCCAGAUGGUAUAUGUAAUGAUAUAUAUGAUGGUAUAUGAUAAUCAGACUCAAUGGGAAAAUAACUUCACUGCAGGGUGAACCAUCUGCAACUAUCUGCGGGGUAGCCGCAGUCACUCAUGAUUAUAUUUCUCAUCAGUUUUGUAUGUACACUGUGUAAGGUAGCACUACUAACAAUUAACUCGUUAUUUCAUAUUAUAUUUUGAUUUGUACCUGCUACCACAUAUUCCUGUUAGUUUAUAUGUUGUACUAUGACCAUAGAAAUCAAUUAUAUUAUACUGAGUAAUAGGCAUAUUUAGUAGACAUUCUACUGUGCCUUGAUUCUUUUUGAUACUAUGCUACAGUCCUAGCUCCAGCUGAGUAAUCACGGGCAAUUAGAACGUUCUGUGAGAAUGCUGACAGAAACUAGUGAAAUAAAUGCUAAUGUCAUGAUAAUUAAGAAAUUGUAGGCUUGUAUGGUUGGGCUAGAAGUACAUCGUUCUCUCCAUAAAUAAUAUGGUUUAUUAUACAUUGUUUAUCAAAAUAAUGCAACGGAAAUGUAAAAACACGCUUGAUCAACAUCUGUUGUAUAAUAUCUUACUUAUUAUUACCUGAACCUUUAUUGAACUGCUAUGUUAGUUGAUGUGUUAACAGAAAUUGCAGUCAUUCGGGAUGUCUCAUUUUUGCACUUAUCAUUCCCAGAAUAUAACCCACGCAGAGGCUCAUGCAGUAUAUAAGCUAUGUAGAUGCCAUGCAGUAUAUAAGCUAUGUAGAUGCCAUGUAGUAUAUAAGCUAUGUAGAUGCCAUGUAGUAGAUAGAGUGUGUUAUCGAAACUACGUGAGUAAACGGACGAAAUUCUA